AUGUCGACCGAAUCCCUCCAGGAAACCAACAACAAAACCCUCGGCACAUCUGCUGGCACAUUCCCUAUCAUAACACUCCCCGAUGGACGCAAAGUGCCUACCGGAACUGUUGGUGCAUUGCUAGUUAAUAUAAAAGCUUACGAUGAGGGGAAUGAAGAGCGACGUGCUGAGUUGGAACCGGCUAUUCAGGCGGCUAUUCCGACGCUGGUGAAGGUGGGCAUGUUUGAUAUUUUUACUCCAAAGGAGUGGACGUCUGAGAGUAGUCAGGGGAGGAGUUUGGUUGGGAAGCUUGCGAGUGAUUAUCUUGAUGCUACUCGAUGA